AUGCUUAUGAGUGUGGCCCGACCCCGCAGGGUGGACGUGCUUCCUCCCGAUGACGAUGACUUCGACCAAGGCACAGCUGCAGGUCUUUUGUCGUGGCAUUUUGAUCUAAGUCAAAGCAUCAACGCUGCUCGCAUCCUCCAACAGCGAGUUCACCAAAUGCCUUUCAGCCAUAUUCAAAUGAAGGCCGUUGGAUGGGCCGAAUCUGGACUCAAACAGGAGGAGCAGGAGAACCAAGAAACGGCGUCCUAUGGCCGUCCUUACAACACCCAAGUAUUGGCAGCGACGAUGAUGUCCAACUGCACCUCACGCACAUCUCCCUUAUCUCAUGUCUCGCAUUUCUCCACGACAACGGGCCCAAGGGAUGUGUGUCAGUCUUCGAGUGCCAGCGUGCCUGUCAGUCCGGAACUUCUCGAGUCUCCAUAUUGGCAAGGCAUCACAGCAACAGGGCCAGAUAGCCUUCCGUUUGUUGCUCCUGGGGGGGAAGCAGUAUGGGGACACGCCCCAUCCAUUCUUAACCCCCCCCCAGCGUUCAACUAUGGCAGCUACACCAUCGGCGUACAUGCCAGCAUGAUUCCGCAACAAGUGUUCAGCGGCAUUCCCUCUGUUCCUGACAGCGACACGACGGAUCAUGGAAGUCCUGACUCCAAGCUGUGUGCCUCGUCGGAUCUCCUUGGGCCCAUAGUCCUCGAUGACGAGUCCAGCCAGGCCUGGAGCAUGUCGCCGUCGGAGACCAGUCCUGCCCUCGUGGAAGGUCAACCCGGAGUCGAUGUGGCAUGGGAUGAUUCAGCUACCGACGACAAGACUGUGUCUCCUAAAAUGCUGCGCUUGAGACGGUCGCCAACCCCAUGCUCGGUCUACCCCGAGCCGGCCUUGUUGCCGCCUGCUGCGAAGGUCGAUAUUGCUUUGGAGUCUCCGAAGAAUACCUUGGCCACUUCAAAAACAAGAAAGCUCCUCCAGAGCAAGAGUCAACGCACAGUCCUGCCAUCGGGCAGCACCGUCCUGUCCUCAUCCAGCUCCAAGACCAAGGGUCGCCCCUCCAACACUCGGUCCCCCUCACCAAGCUUGUCUCGCAAGACGAUCUCCAAGCCAAAGAGCAUGCCGCGUCUGGCUCCUGCCCCACGGAUGCCUCCUUCCCCAACUACUGUAGCAGCUCUUGACCCUUCGUUACCAUCCCUACGGUGUACCUCUCAACCCUUUGGUAGUGAACCUUGGUCUGAAGUACCCCAGAUCAAAUUCGAGCUGUCAGAUCGGAUGUCGAAGGAUCAGUUCCUUGUUACCAAGAAGAGGGAAGGGCUGACAUACAAGGAGAUCCGUCGCAUGGGCGGAUUCACCGAGGCCGAGUCCACGCUGCGUGGGAGGUACAGGACGUUGACAAAGAGCAGAGAGGCUCGGGUUAGGAAGCCCGAGUGGUCCGAGCUGGAUCUUCGCCUCCUAGAGAAAGGUGUCCGCGCCCUCGCCCAUACCCCCGACCUCAACUCGGCCAAAGUCCCGUGGAAGAAGGUGGCCGAGUAUAUCGUUGAACAUGGCGGCAGCUAUCACUUUGGCAACUCAACCUGCCGUAAGCGUUGGGAUGAGCUCGUGAGGGAGCAGAUGGCGAAGGGCAAGAGCAUAAAUGAACCGUUCUUUGAUGAUGAGCCGGCCCGCUGCCCGGCUGAUGGUACUACUGGACAGAAGGCCUAUUGGCUGUUUGCUCUUGGCGCAUCGGAAGUUGGACAUAAUGGUGGCUUGAGGGAAGGAGAGGAGGAGGAGGGGGAGGAGGAGGAGAGGUAA